AUGCUCUAAGCUAGUACUAAGCAGUGUACGGGUGAAGAUUCGUAACCAAAUUGGAGGCUUUUCACUUAGAAUUGAAAUUUUGAAUUGAGACGGUAUUCGUCAGGUCACAAUCCGAUUUUGGCCAAUCCAAAAUCCCAAACCGUGUCCCUCUCACUCCGCGCGUGCGGCUCACUGCUGGUUGUGACGGGCGGCGAUGCCGCUGCGCCAGCGCCACCCCACCCCACCCGUUCGACGAAAUGCGGCGCGCCGCUGCCCUGCUCCGCCUCCUCCGCUCCGGGGCCAGCGCCGGCGUCCGCGGCCGCCCCGCCUGCGCGGCGGUCCACCCGCUCGCCGUCAAGUCCGGGAGCGGCUCCGACGCCCGCGUGGCCACCGCGCUCGCCGACGCCUACGCCAAGUCCGGACUCGUCGACCGCGCCCGCAGGGUGUUCGACGAAACGCCGCUCCGGGACCAGGUGCUCUGGAACGUCAUGGUCUCCUGCUACUCUUCGCACGGCCUUGUGAGGGAGUGCUGGGAUGUCUUUGGCUCCAUGAGGCGGUCUGGUUUUCCCGGCGAUGGCUUCACGUUCAGUGCCUUGCUCAGUGUGCGUGCUUCUUCUUCUUCUUCGUGCUAUGACCAUGCCAACCUGUUGCUGGUCCUGGGAAGCUCGGUGCAUGGGAUUGUGAUCAGGUUGGGUCUCCACCUGGAUGUGGUGGUAGCCACUGCGCUCCUUGAUAUGUAUGCCAAAUGCGGCCAAGUUGCUGAGGCUAGCCGGGUGUUUGAUGCCAUGGUGCUGAGAAAUACCGUAUCCUGGAAUGCAAUCAUUGUUUGCUAUGGUAAGCAUGACAGAGGCAAGGAAGCCUUCGACCUUUUCGUGUCGAUGAUGAGACAUGGGUUUUGCCCUGACGAGCUUACGCUUGCCAGUCUACUUAGUUCCUGUGCCGACAUGGCGGCUGCUAAUGAGGCUACUCAGCUUCAUGCUUACACUGUUAGAAGAGGCUUGCAAGACUUUCUACAAGUGGGCAAUGCCCUUAUCAUGGCUUAUGGUAAGAAUGGUUUUGUUCAAGAAGCAAAACGAACAUUUGGUAUGAUCCAUAACCCAGAUCUAGUUACAUGGUCAUCAAUGGUUUCUUCUUUUGCAUAUCUUGGACUUGCCAAGAGUGCAAUCGACCUGUUUGACAGAAUGCUCCAACAAGGCAUACGGGCUGAUGGCAUUGCAUUUCUUGGAGUUCUUUCUGCGUGCAGUCAUGCUGGGCUCAUUGAAGAUGGCUUCAAGUACUUUCUUCUAAUGACGAGGGACUACAAAAUUGAUCCAACUCCGCAGCAUCUUGCUUGUCUAGUUGAUCUCUUAGGGAGAGCUGGUAGGAUUAGAGAUGCCUACGAAUUUUUGGUCAAUAUGUCCUGCGACGCAAAUGUUGAUGUCAUUGGAGCUUUCCUUGGUGCUUGCAGAAUGCGAGGAAACAUUGAGUCAGCAAAGUGGGCUGCCUCUAGGCUAUUUAGUCUAAAGCCAGAUGAUCCAAUCAAUUACCUGCUUAUAUCUAAUACGUAUGCUGCUGCAGGAGAUUGGAAUGAGCUUGCAAAGGUAAGAAGUGUAAUGAGGAACAUGUGUGGCAACAAGGUGCCGGGCUGUAGCUGGAUAGAGAUAGGUGGAAUUGUUCAGACAUUUGUAUCCAAUGAUAUGAUGCUCCAUCAGUCAAGAGAGAUGCAAAGAAUGAUGGAACUUCUUGUUUCAUUAGUGGAACAAGAUUGCAAUGGUGAUGACACAAUUUGCAAUGAUCCAUCAUCGAUUUUAAAAUGGCAAGAUUUUUAUCUGGCAUUUGAUUAAUUCAGCUGUUUGGGAUAAUUUCACAAUGGAAUACUGUCAGAGCUUCCUAAUGUGACUAUUCUCAGGUUUUCACUUACCAUAGACAUGAGAUAAUGUACACCCAGGAAGGAAGGAAGUCUACCGUUUCUUCUAGCUGGUAUGUGCAAAAUCGCCUGCAUUGGAAUUUGGAAUUGCUAAAAUUCCUUCAGCAUUUAUUGGUUAAUGGUGGCCAAGCAGAAUAAGGUAAACCUACUAUAAGCAGUUCAGCAGCAAAUACCAAUCCCAAAGCUCAUAGCUUAAGCUAUGAUCACCCAGUACUUCACCUCUUUAGAUAGUUUUCAUUAAAUAUCCUGAUACUCCGAAGUAGAGUGUGAAAGAGAAGGAAAAAAAAUGAAUUUCUACCAAGAAGUACAAAGCAUCUUGCCAUUGAUCUAGUCCAUUCAUACCUUGGUCACGGUAUCACUCCUUUCUCACAUUGCCCACAUUGCUCUAUUCAUACAUUUGGAAUAAGGGAAUUCUUACCAUUUCCGAUGGGAAUUGAACUGAUUCUUGUGCAUUUAAAAGGAACCCUACAUGAUUAUAUUAUAUUUUUCAACCAUUCAAUGUUGCUGAAGACAAACCGAUUUAAGAAUUAUCUAAAACAUUCCAAACUGCUACAAUCAUAGGAAUAAGACACAUUUAGGAAAUUUGACUACCUCUCUUUCAAUCAUGCACAACAGCCCAAUCUGAUGCUAUGGAGACAGGGACUUUCUGAUGCAAGUCUGGUCUGUAUACAUUUAGGCACUUGACCGUUUCAAGUUCAGUUACCUGCUUGUGAGCCAAGAGAUCUGUGCGGCUCAAUCGUGGUUGCUUGCGCUGUGGGAAAGUUUGAUGAGCCAAACAUCCAGAUGCAAUGAGGUCAAAGUAAGAUCACCGACGGACGAAGACACCUCCAAUCAUUCGUCAUCGAUACCCAAGUAUAUAUAUAGGAUUAGGAUGCAUCUGGGAAUUCGUCAAUUGGUUUCAAUUUCUCUAAAUUCCAGUAGCACGUAGCCGAUAUGCGCAUAGCACUGGCAUUUUUUUGAAUUGGCAUAUUUGCAUUGCCAUGGAUCCAAUUAACCCAUAUCAUCUGUAGUUGUGUGUUCUCAAUUGAUUUUUUCAGCUGCAAUGUGGUAUCGAUUUUCUAAUAAUCAAACGCUACCAAAACUCCCAAACCUUUCUUUAAAUUCAUGGCGUUGCAUUGUUUUGGCACGUCGGCAUUACACUUCAUUUGUCAUGCCUAGACACAAUAAAUAAAUAAACAAGUAAAAAAUAAUGAAGUGAUGAAAGUAAAAUAGUGCAUCCAACUCUCGGUAUUUGAUUAUUACGAAUUUCAUAAUUCAGAAAUCAGAAUGAACCUAAGUACCCUGCAAGUUCGUUGGGGGUGCAAGUUCGUUGCAUAUUUACCAUACCCUAUACUUUAUGUAAGGUCCCAUUAGAGCUUUUUCAAUGUAAAUAAAUCCAAAAAGAAGUAGCAAAGUGCCAAAGUGGCGGCAUAAUUGACAAAAUUGGCCAUGACACAUCCGCAACCAAAGGCUUGUUCCAAUCAUCCUUGCAGACAUAUCCUCUAAAAAGUCAAUCAUAAACAGUCGUGUUCUAUCAUCUUCAAAAUUUUCACAUUAAA